UCUGUUUUCAGAUGUUUACCUCCCAGGGUCAAGGUUCUUGAUCUUCACAAUAACAGAAUAAGGAGCAUCCCUAAAGAUGUCACCAGUCUAGAAGCUUUGCAAGAGCUCAAUGUUGCUUUCAAUUUUUUAGCCCACCUUCCUGGAUGUGGUACCUUUAGCAGCCUUUCUGUACUGAUCAUUGACUAUAAUUCAAUUUCCAACCCAUCAGCUGAUUUCUUCCAGAGCUGCCAGAAGAUUAGGUCCCUAAAAGCAGGGAACAAUCCAUUCCAAUGUACAUGUGAGCUAAGAGACUUUAUCCAAGGUAUAGGCCAAGUACCAAGUGAAGUGGUAGAGGACUGGCCUGAUUCUUAUAAGUGUGACUAUCCAGAAAGCUAUAAGGGAACCGCACUUAAGGACUUCCACGUAUCUCAAUUAUCCUGCAACACAGCUCUGCUGAUUGUCACCAUUGGGGUCACUGGGCUGCUGGUGGCUGUUACCGUGACCGUCCUCUGUAUCUACCUGGAUCUUCCCUGGUAUCUCAGGAUGCUGUGUCAGUGGACCCAGACCCGGCGCAGGGCUAGGAAUGUACCCUUAGCAGAACUCCAAAGAACUCUCCAGUUCCAUGCUUUUAUUUCAUACAGUGAACAUGAUUCUGCCUGGGUGAAGAAUGAACUG